AUCUUCUUCGCUGAUCCAAAACCAAAAGCAAGAAAAAGCAUCAGUCCCUCCUCCCAGCUGUUCACACCAACCUCUCUCUCUCUCCAUCUCUAUCUCUUCUUGCUGAUAGAUCUUCCUCAUCUCAUCUUUCCGAUUUCAAAUCUCCUAUCUCAAUUCAAACCAGAUUUAUACAACUAUAUUUACGUAAAUUCCGUCAAGAUCUACCGUAAACGUCAUCAUGUCCAGAUAAUUCCUUAAACCUAUACGUGAUUUACUGAAUGAGUUAUGGCGGAAGCUACAUCCACGACGAUACAGCAAGUGCAUCACAGCUUAAUGGACUCUUACAAAGGCAUGUCAUCUGACAAUAUCAAGGGUUUGGUUUUGGCAUUAUCGUCAAGUUUUUUCAUCGGCGCAAGCUUCAUUGUAAAGAAAAAAGGAUUGAAGAAGGCUGCCGCAACCGGUAUUAGAGCCGGUGUUGGAGGCUACUCAUACUUAUUUGAACCAUUAUGGUGGACUGGCAUGAUAACAAUGAUUGUGGGAGAAAUUGCUAAUUUUGCAGCAUAUGCAUUUGCUCCUGCAAUUUUAGUUACCCCUCUUGGUGCACUCAGCAUUAUAAUCAGUGCUGUUCUUGCUCAUGUAAUGUUAAAGGAAAAACUUCAUAUAUUUGGGAUUCUUGGUUGUGCACUCUGUGUGGUGGGUUCUACUACUAUUGUUCUACAUGCUCCCCAAGAACGUGCCAUUGAAUCUGUCACAGAAGUAUGGGAUCUUGCAACAGAGCCUGGUUUCCUUUUCUAUGCAGCUCUGGUUCUAACAGCUGUUUUCGUACUUAUAUUUCACUAUAUCCCUCUAUAUGGACAAACACAUAUAAUGUUUUAUAUUGGAGUUUGUUCAUUGGUUGGAUCCUUGUCAGUAAUGAGUGUGAAAGCUCUAGGAAUUGCUUUGAAGCUGACAUUAUCAGGAACAAAUCAGCUAUUAUAUCCCCAAACAUGGGUCUUUGCCAUUAUUGUUGCUACUUGUGUGAUUACUCAAAUGAAUUAUCUGAACAAGGCUCUUGAUACAUUCAAUACGGCAGUUGUGUCUCCCAUCUACUUCGUUAUGUUUACUUCGCUAACCAUUAUAGCUAGCGUGAUCAUGUUUAAGGAUUGGGAUAGACAGAACCCAACUCAAAUUCUGACAGAAAUAUGUGGAUUUGUGACAAUUCUAUCUGGAACCUUUCUUCUUCACAAAACAAAGGACAUGGGCGAUGGUUUAUGUACAUCUCCGUCGAUGAGGCUUCUGAAACAUGGAGACGACGAAGAAGAUGGUUUUGGGCAGGAAGGUGUUCCUUUAAGAAGGCAGGAUUCAUCGAGAUUGUAAUAUUAUUUUCUUUCUAUUUCAUUAUUCUUCGGUCUUUUUUUUUAUCUUGAUGCGGGUUAAGUUAAAAGUCGUUUUAAUCCCAUUAUUAUCCCCGCAACAUUACAGUAGAUUACUAGAAAAGAAGGGUAAGGAAAUGUAAUUGAUGAAUUGGAAAGAUUAAAGUGUGAUUAAGUAAGGGUUUAGUUAGAUCAAGUGAUGAAUGAUAUGAUAAUUCAACUCUAUACUUCAUAGCUUUUUGGAAUUUAAAUUCUUUUUAUGCCAAUUCUCUUAAUUUUUUGGCUUUA